AUGGAUGGAGAUAAGUACGAGAUGACGAAUACUCCUAGUCGAAGUACUACACAUGACGAAAAGGAAGAUAGACGGGAGGGUCUUGAUAAGAUUCCCUUGAAUAAUGAUUUCAAGGCAGACCCUCAAUGUUUGGGAGGAGAGCAAGAUGAAGAAGACUCUAUGACAACAAUCUCUAAUAAGAGUUUAGCACGCCUCAUUUACGUCCGGACCCAAAUGUGCAGUUCUCGCCGUUCCGAUUUCGAGGAAAAACUUCAAUGGUGGUUUCUGGCUUUGACAUUAUACGAUGCAUUUCUAUCCGAUACUCCGCCUAGAUCUUAUUCAGAGUGGAUUUGUGCUGCGGAUGCACAUGGACAUCGAAAGAGGAUGAUGGAAAACGAUGGCAAAUGA